CAAAUCUUAUUGUGAGAUGCAAGUAUGGUGCAGACUGUAAACUCAGUUUAUCUAAUUGCUGCUGAACUGACUGAUGAAGAGUGCUGUAUUUCUUGAUUGGUUUAUUUUUUUAAAGUGAGGUGCUAACUGUACAUCAGUGUUUUAAACCGAUUGUGCAGAUUACAGAGUUCUGGGUAGCUUGCAUCAGUGAAAGCAUGUUGGGGGAAAAAAUGUCAAGUGUCACUGUGAAAAUUAUUUGUUCUUUCUAAUCAUUUAAGGUUCCCUUUUUUUGAUUCAGUUUACAAAACCUCUUUGACCAAAUGCCAAACCAGUGUAAAUUAAACUACUUUACUAUUUCCGCCUGUCUUGUGUCUCACACUACCAGGCAGUAUUGAAAUUUACCUGAGCAGCUUCCACAGAACUUCAAUUUGUUUGCUCAGAGAUAGAUAUGAAGCAAGAUUGCAAAGCUGAAAUAUGCAGGUGUUAUUUUUUUUUUUUACCAAGUAGAGGGAGGAAAACACUACUACUCCUGUAUUUCUUUCUUUCAUAAGCCAGUGUAAUGGAUUAGAGACACUGUACUUUAAUGUAAAGGGAUAACAAAGGCAUCACACUCAACACAGAGGCUUUUAACAUCUUUAGGGAUAAAUCACAGUCAACUGCAAUAGGAAGGAGACACCUAACUGAAAAUCCUACUGUGCAUCUUAUUGGAUAAUGAUUCCUAUUCACUGCAAGAAGUGAUGGCUCCCAUCUCUAUCGUUAGGUAUUUAAUCUCUGUGAAAACUUGACCCUCGAUACCUAUUCAUCUAAAGAGUGGGUGCUUGCAGGGAGUACUUCUGAACUUGUGAGCACUGGGUGUGCCCUGUCUACAGUAUAGCUCUGUCUGAGUAGUAGCUGUGUAUGUGUCAUUUUCACCUCUUUCCUUGUUCGAAGAUUGAUUUCAAGGAAAGGAAAUUUGAUUCUGUGAGCAAAGAAGGUAUUUGUCAUGUACCUUGGACCAUACCUCAGAUCUGAACAGGGUAGGUGGACAGGGAAGAUGCAUGACUACUGAACAGUGCAGGGAAUGUUCCUGGGUCAGGCUGUUAUUGAUCUUGGAUUCUUGGAACAGCCCUGGACACAAUCGUGGUUGGAUAGGCUGGUGAUGGUUUUCAGCAAGCGGAGUGGAUGUAGUCAGCCUCUUUUGAAGAUCAUGAGAGUUUAGCAGUCUGGUUUCAAGCAUUGUCUCCAGUACCAUAGAAGAGUCUUGAGAGUGUUUCACUUACAAGAGCAGAUGCAGCCCGAGGCAGAGGCUCCUGGAUAUGAGCUAGGCUGUGUUAACCACAUCAAGCAAAGUGAUUUUGUCCUUACCCUGGCAGAUGUCAGUAGGUGAGCAAUUAGGUAUAUUGAAGAGGAGGGGAAAUUGUGUCUUCUGUUUUGAUUUUUUUUUUAAACCACUGCUCUAUUUCUGUGCUAGUCUGUGGACUUUUUAUAGCAUGGUAUGAAUGAUGUGUGUUUGAUCCCACAGCUAGAGAGAGUACUUCCAGUCUGUAGGGCAAAGGAGCUCAUUUAUGUGUUGCUGUGAAAGGCUGUGGGAGCAAAUGCCAAUUUUCUCACAGUCACAGCUCACACUUCUCUUUAUGCCUCGGAGCUGGAGGUAAGGUCAGUGGGCAGCAGGGUGCUGACAAAAGUAGGAGUUCACUGGAACAAAUGAGUAUUCACCCAGCUAACACUUAUUUCUGUCUUCUUUUUUUGCCGUAAGAUUAUAGCCCCUAACUCAAAGAUGGUCUAGUACAACGCUGUUCCAACAGCUGCUGUAAGCAGAAGAUAUUCUGGGUAUAGUCGGACUCUGUACACUGAUGACUGAUCACACAAAUCUGAUAAAUUCUUAUGACAGGAUCUGUGGCUUUGAGGUUCAUUGUAGAAGCCAGAUUGUGCCUUAUUUGCUGUUAAGGCUUAAUAGAAUUGCCCAUUGAUUUCUCUGCAGCCAUGUCCCCCAAGGGAUUUAUUCAUUCAGGGAUUAAAAUUGUUCCACGGUUGUCUGAUUUGUUUAAAGCUCAUGCGUUUCUCUUAAUUGGAGAUGGUGACCUCAAAAAUAGCCGAAACCUUCCAUUAUCCUUAUGUGGAAGAGAAAGGUGUACAAAAAAAGUAAUAUUCUAAUUAAUGAAGGCUCCUACAUCUCUACUUCUGUACCUUCUUACUUCGGCUCGCUUGAGUCAAAAAUUAUUUGAAAUAUCUGUCUGAUGAAUUUGUUUGGAGUGGAAGAAAGCCAAGAAUUAUUUUAACAAAUGUUUUAGCUUGACACUGAGUAUGGAGGCUUAGUCUGCCAAGCUGGAAAAGUGAAUAACUAGGCAGUUUUUGUGAGGCUUAUAUAGGGUGUGGGUCAUCUUGAAUGUCAGCUCCAAUCUGUGUUACAUGUUUGUAGAGGAGCGUAUAUGGUGAAUGAAUUGACAUGUUCUCCUCAUAAGUUUCAUGUUUCUCUGAAACAGCAGAUUAGUUUUGAGAAACUCUGGCACAUAGUACAGUCAGCUGAGAAGCUGAAAGGACUUCAGGAAGUGGGCUCCUUCUAUGCACUGGACAAAAUUGCUGAGGUGCUCAACAUUCAAUUCUGGGACUAUUGACUUGCUUUUGUACUUAUUAAAGUUUCAUUGGAUGUGAUUACCACAUGAGUUCCUCAAGAAUAAUGGACCCUAAGAUGAGAGAGGCUGAAGGAGAUGGAGAGGACAAUUCAGGAAAGAAAAAAUCGAAGUUCAAAUCUUUCAAAAAGUUUUUUGGUAAGAAGAAAAGGAAAGAGACGUCAUCUUCUGUGAGCAGCAGUCUGAAGUUGUGCCAGUCAACAAGUGAUGUCGCAGCCUCUCAUGACAUGCACAUUAUUUAUGAUUCUGAAGAUGAACUUGAGACACACAAAGGCAUUAUGGGAAGCAGAGCUUUGUCACAUGAUAGCAUUUUCAUCCUUGAGACUGGGCAAGAGCCUGCAAGGCCAGUAAGAGUGUUUUCUCAAGAAAAUGUUUCUGAUCGGAUUAGGGCUUUACAGCUGAAACUCCAGCCUACCAUGAAAUUGGGGCCCCCGCCUCCAUUUGGACUUCAUGCAAAGCGAACAGAGGAUGCUGGGACCAGUUCUGAAGAUGAUGGAUUACCCAGGAGCCCUCCAGAAAUGUCUUUGCUUCAUGAAAGCCUGAACUCAGGCUUGAGAACAAGAUUCUCUGACUCUCACAGGCACCUUAGCUCCUUGAGUUUAGCUGGAACAGGCAGUGAAGAAGAAGAACAGAUUACAUUGGGUUCUUCAUCUAGAUCUCGCUCUACAGAUGGUCAGCUGUUCACUAGGCAUGGAAGUUCCAACACUGAGUCUCCCCGGACAUCAUCUGACAGUACCUUCUCCCCUACAGCCAGUUUUGACACUCCACCCGAGCUUUCUGCUUUCCUGGAUAAUUCUGCUGCUAGACACAAGCUUUUAAUAAAACCCCGGAACCAGAGAUCCAGUAGAAUGAGAAAAUUUUCUCAGAAGACCCCAUCUGAAUCUCUGACUGAUUUGAGCUGUACCCCAGAGGAAGAAGAAGAGGAUGAUGCUGUAUUCAAGCCCAGCAAUCAAGAAGUGCCAUGCAGCACAGCUACAAUGCAGAAUGUGGUUUCUGGGCCAAAGCCCAGAGUGCCUGAGAACCUCCCCCCUGCUUUGAGACCUGUGAUGACUCAGCCUGCUUCAGAGUCUGCUGUUGGACAGCAAGCCCUGCUACCAGAGAAUAAGCCAGAGGACUGCCAACCAACACUGGAAAUGACAUGUGAGGGGUCUGAGUCCUCAUUGCUGUCAGAAGGCAAAGACUCUGCAACUUCUUCCUAUUCCAGUUCAGACAGAGAAGUUCAAAAGCAAGAAGAUUCCUCAGAAACACUGGUUUUGUUGUCUGGGGACACGUCAAUCAAUACUGUAAAUCACGAAAAUAAGAAGCUGCCUACUGUGUUUCCAUUAAAUAAAUUACCAUCUGAAGAAAAUAUUUCAGAUACUAAGAAUAGUAUUGUUUGCUCAGGAAGGUCAGAAGAAAAUAAACAGAAGGAUGAUCAGGUACCUGUGGAAAUGCCCUGUAAUAAAGGGGAAAACGAAGAGUUUACUCUAUCGUCAGAGACCAGCACAGAGUUUUUCAUGGGUUCUUCGCAGCCCACGGACUCGUUCCAUGUUUCACAUCCUGUUUCCUCAAUGCAGGUGGAAUCAUCUACUUCCUGCUCUCUAGAGAAAACAAAGACUGCACAGGAGGCAGCUGCUUCUGAUAAGGAGAACAGUCAGUCACUGAUCCACAAGGAGAAACGGUUGGGGAAGAAAGCUGAAAAAGCAGUCAAUGAACUCAAUGCCUUCAAAAAGUUUUCUGUUUCCUCUGCACAGGAGAGACCAAGCACCAGAAGCCUGUAUUUCCCAGAAAGAUCAGAGUUGGAAACCCCAUUAAAUACUGGAUUCUUCCUGUCCAAAGCAAAGGUCUCCUCAAAAAAUGAGAAGUGGCAAGACAACUUCCAGAAGGGAUCAGAUAUGGAAGAGGAAAAAAGUAGCAACAAAAAGGAGACUUUGCUGCCAGAGUCCUACUCUGAGAACACAGGCCAACCUACAGAAAUUUUGGCCAGUUAUGUUUCCCCAGCUGUUGAUGCAGUUCCAAUGCCAAGCAAUUCUUCAGUGGUAUCUCAGAAUCAGCCAAGUUGUAAAGAUAAAAGUCCUUUUCAAGUGAAACUUAGAUCCACCUCAUUGUCCUUGAACUAUGGAGACAACUCACCACCAGAAUCAAAAGGGAUUAAAAGAUACAGUGCAGAAUUUAAUUUAGAAAAUGAGGGAUUGACUUCCUUUCUAAGAGGUGAUAAGGCAGAGAUCAGAAAAAGAGCCAAUACAAAUACUGGUGAUUCUUUAAAAGAAAAGAUCAAACCCAAAGCAAAGUCCUCUGAACAGCUUAGUAGCAAACCUCCAUUGCCUAAAAAGCCAGUGUUGCAAAGUAUGACCAUUCCAAACACUACUGCAAGCAAGGAGAAGCAGGAUAAAGCUAUUCACUCUCCUGAAUCCAGAAAUGAAGGCAGAGACUUGGAGAAACAGUCAUCUGCUUCUAAAGUACCUGAGAAAAGCGUGUCUUCCCUCAUGGCUGCCGGAGACUCUGGAAGAGAUCCUGACACUCCUACAGAGCCAGCCUGGAUUUCCAUUGCAAGGCAAAAGCAGAGAGGCAUGCAUCAGGAGAAGGAACUCGACAGAGAAAAGCUUGUGGCUCCAGAUAAUAAGUCAAAUACAGAGAAACAGAAUAAAGGAAAGGAACAAACAGAGGGGCCAGUGAAGCAACAAUGGAGCAAACCUUCACACUUGGCACCUAAAGCGACUUCUGAAGAGCAGAGGAAAGACAUGAAGCCUGAAGCGAAGCCCCUGCUGAGAACCAAUUCACUGUCACAUUAUGUCUCUGUAGCUCCAUCACCUGCACUGGUGGAUAAGGAGGAAAUAAGCCACUUGAAGAAAGCCAGUAAUGCUGCUCCAGAUCAGCCAUCAUGGAUGGAGCUGGCCAAAAAGAAGUCUCAAGCUUGGAGCGAUAUGCCACAGAUUAUAAAAUAGAAUGAUGCCAACAAGUAGCAUCUUCCAUAAUUAAGUCAACUACUUAACUGAGCUCCUACAGACCAGCUAAUCACAGUGAAGAAUCUCUUGAUACAGAAGGGUUUUAUAAUACAGCUGUGGAGAAAGCGUGCAAUAGGUGCAGUCAAAAAGUUUACCUUCAGUUUUGUAGCAAUCAGAAUUGCAAUGGCAAUGGAGUACUUAAAUUAUGCUAAGGACAUACUUAAACUUUGAAAAAUAAAACUUUUGCCUUAUGUAUUUCCUGCAUUUUCUGCUUUUAAUAAUAUUUGUAUCCAAACAGGAUCUUUGCUAAACUUUGCUGAACCUCUGUUGUUGCUGGAAAAUUCUAUUUGUUAUGGUUUUCUCUGUUUACAGUUAUAAAUUGUGCACUUACAUCCUGAUUCUCGUGAUGUGUUUCACUGGAAUCACGUGACACUUUCCACCAAAGCUGUUAGGCAUGUGGAGGUAUUCCUGAAUAGCUGCUAGUGACUACUCCAUUAAAAUGUGUUGCUUGAGCUGCA